AUGCUCGGCGUUGCCGGCAUGAUCAUCCCCGAGGCUCUGACUGCUGCGGGGAUCCUUGAUGUUCCCGUGUGGUACGACACCGGUGUCGCUGAGUUCUGGUGCCCCACUCCCACCCUGUUCGCGAUCGAGUUCAUCCUGUUCAACUUUGUUGAGCUUCUGAGGUGGCAAGACAUCAAGAAGCCCGGCAGCGUGAGCACGGACCCCUUCGGCAACACCCUCGCCCCGGGUGAAGUGGGUUACCCCGGCUUCAACCCCAUGGGUCUGGGAACCGACUUCCGCUCCAAGGAGAGCGAGAUCGCUAACGGGCAACCCCCCACUCUAUACCUCUAUGCACAGCAGGGCAAUCCCCCACUCAAGAAAACUUGA